GGUGUGGUGCAGAAAGAUGGACGGGAGCACGAGCGCGCUGAGCAGCGAGACGCAGGGCGGCCUCCUCGUCGUCGUCAUCGACACCAACCCCGUGCACUGGAUGCGCCACGUGGCAGGCCAGCCACGCGAGUUCGGCCUCAAGCAUGCGAUCGAGAGCAUGCUCCUGUACGUGAACGCGUACCUGCUGCUGCACCGCAACAACCGACUCGUGAUCCUCGCCGCCCACACGGGCAAGAGCGUCUUCCUCUUCCCCGACCCGGAGGGCACGAACCGCAAUGGCACGGCCGAGCAGUUUGCGAAGGUCAAGGAGCAGGUAUGGCGCAAGCUGCUCGAGCUGAGCGAGACGCCUGUGACCGAAGGCAACGCCAACACGUCGCUCUCUGCCGGGCUCUCGCUCGCCCUUUGCUUCAUCAACCGCGCAAUGAACGAGCAGCGCGACUUGCGCCCGCGCAUCCUCUCGAUCCAAGCCUCGCCCGACUUUGCCGCGCAGUACAUUUCCAUCAUGAACUGCAUCUUCUCGGCGCAGAAGAAGCACGUGCCGAUCGACGCGUGCGUUCUCAGCGACGAGCCGUCGUCGUUUCUCCAGCAGGCCGCGUACCUCACCGGCGGCAUCUACUUCAAGCCGCGCGACGUCGAUGGCCUCGUCCAGUACUUCCUCACAAUCUGGCUCGCCGACACGAGCACGCGCGCGCUCCUCAAGCUCCCGAGCCAGGGCAGCGUCGACUUCCGCGCCAUGUGCUUUUGCCACAAGAAAACGAUCGCCACCGCGUUCGUGUGCCCGGUCUGCCUCUCGCUCUUCUGCGAAUUCCAGCCCAUUUGCUCGACGUGCGGCAUCCGCAGUCACAUUGCGCCGCCCCGCCGCAAGCGCGUGCGUCCGACAACGUAGCCUUCGAUGAACCACUUGGACGACGAUUGUAUCAACUUGAUACGGUACGGGUGUGUCG